GCUAUUUUUGGGAAAGUGGCUCAGAAUCUGGAGAGGCUCUCAGGCUGGCCUUCCAGGCAGGCCAGUGCCGACCUAUGCCUGACCACAUUGGAACGAAGCUGAGGCUGGGUAGAGUCCAAAAGCUCUGAUGAGAAUUGUUUCCCCAGAGCUUUUGGAUCAUGCCUGAAGUAGUAGCCCCGUAAAAGCCAGCCCCAGACCUGGAGGCACAGUGACUUCCAUCACGUUAGGCCAGGGAGGAGCAAGGGUUUGCAGGGAAGGAGCCUCAUUCAUCCCAUGCAUCAGACCCAUCCAGAGACAUUUACGUUUUCUCUUGAGACAGCGGCUGGCAAAGUAUCUGCCCUUGGGGAUACAGCCUAGUGACCAUUCAGAGCAUAAUGUGGGGGGAAAUACUAUAUUACUCAGGGAAGGGGGGACACAUAAAGGGCUUGGACCAAAAUGAAGUUGACCAGCAGACCAGAGCAGAGAUGAAGCUGGGGCUUGGGGACAGAAGAGCACCAGCCAUACACAUCUUGGUAGUAUGCAGGCUGGGCUGGGCCAAGGCACCCUAAAAAGAAAAAGGGAGUACUAAGAGAGGCAGGACUAGUAGCUGAGGCUACUCCAGUCCCUCUGUCUGUGUUCACAUGGAGAUGUGUUUCUCUGGUGUCUAGAACGGCCUUCUCAGAACCCCUGACACAAGUCUAGAAUGACAGGGUACCGAAACUGGCGAGCUAUGCAGGACAUGCGAAGGUACCGACACCACUACCCGGAUUUGGCAGAUCAAGACUGCAAUGGCGACAUGUCCAACCUGAGUUUCUACAAAAAUGAGAUCUGCUUCCAGCCAAACGGUUUUCUCAUUGAGGACAUUCUUCAGAAUUGGAAAGAUAACUAUGACCUCCUUGAAGAGAAUCACUCCUAUAUCCAGUGGCUGUUUCCUCUGAGGGAACCAGGAGUCAACUGGCAUGCCAAGCCCCUCACACUCAAAGAGGUCGAGGCAUUUAAAAGCUCCAAGGAGGUCAGAGAGCGUCUUGUCCGGGCCUAUGAGCUCAUGCUGGGCUUUUAUGGAAUCCAGCUUGAAGACCGGGAUACAGGUGCUGUCUGCCGUGCACAGAACUACGAGCUGCGCUUCCACAACCUGAACAGUCACAGCCACAACAACCUGCGUAUCACACGCAUCCUCAAGUCGCUGGGCGAGCUGGGCUUAGAGCACUACCAGGCACCGCUGGUCCGCUUCUUCCUGGAGGAGACACUAGUGCAGCACAAAUUGCCCAGUGUGCGCCAGAGUGCCCUGGACUACUUCCUCUUUGCUGUGCGCUGCCGGCACCAGCGCCGGGAGCUCGUGCACUUUGCGUGGGAGCACUUCAAGCCUCGCUGCCAGUUUGUCUGGGGGCCCCGUGACAAGCUUCGGAAAUUCAGGCCCCAGGCUACACCCCAGCCCCUGAUGGUACUAGGGCAGGCAGAUAAGGACGAGGGUGCCAGGAACCCCUUCCAAGAGGCUGGCACCCAGGGUCGGACCUAUGGAUCUGGAAGGGACCUGAGUGGGGACACUGGAACUGAGGAUCCCUCACUGCUGAGCACACAGACCCAGGAUGUGGGAACCUUGGAUGGGGACAAGAGGGAUGAGGCUGAGUCACUGAGCCCCAAAGAGAGCAAGAAGAGGAAGUUGGAGGGGAACAGGCAGGAGCAGACCCCAGGGGAGUCAGAUCCCCAGGGUGUCUCUGAGGUAGAGAAAAUUGCCCUCAACCUUGAGGGGUGUGCCCUCAGCCCUGUCAGCCAGGAACCCAGGGAGGCUGAACAGCCCUGUCCUGUUACCCAUGAGGCCAGGAUGGCUGAUGAGGUAAGAAAACGGAGGAAGGUGGAGGAGGGGGCUGAGGGUGAUGGAGCUGCCGGUAACCAUAACACUGAAAUGCAGGCCCAUGCCCCGCCUCCUACACCUUCAGAGUGUCCUGAGGCCCAAAAGGAUGGGAACAGGCCAGAGGACCCAGAAAGCCAGGUGGGGCCAGAGCAAGGUGCCUCUGUGAAUUUGGUGGAGGAUCCUGGGAGCCUGGUGGAGGACCCUGGCCCUGACACCACAGGAAUCUCAGUGGAUGAGUCAGAGGAGUUGGCAAGGGUAGGGGCCUCUGCUGAACCCCCGAAGCCUUAGAGGUGCAUCUCAGUCCCACUAGCCCACUGCAGGGGUUCUCGUGAGUCCCAGAGCCCUGCUCUUGGCUCUUCUCGGUGCCCCACAGUGCUGGCCUCUCCCUGGUGGUCACUGAAACAUCCACCAGAGGGACUGAGGCCCUGCCCUCAGGGAAGGCCACUGCCUUCAGAACCCUCCUUACCUCACUGUGUCCUCCCCCACUGCCCUCUGAGCCCAUGUUUGUGAACAGACCCCAAGGGUCGGGGAGGGGGGAGGGGCCUCUUUUCUUAGUCUGGUGCCAAGUGAGGCCUUUUCUGAAUAAACUCUUCAGACUUUG